AUGCAAACUGAUCCGAAUCUGGUAGGCUCCGUUGUGACAUUAAAUAAUUCCAUUAUUCAUUCAACAAAUUCCAGACGACAGCGAAAAUCCUUGUCCAGAAAUAUCGAUCAACGUGGCGUCAUAUCUGAAACAAUGAUUUUAACCUGUGAUCUGCACAUAAUAAUGGAUAGUUCAUUAUGUCCAACUAAUGUCUGUGCCCAAACAUUUCGUAAUCGAGUUGUAAAUAUGUUUACUAGUACAUCGAAUAAAUCAACACCAACUGUACGAUAUCAACAAAAUUCUGAAACCUAUUAUUUUAUGUAUAGACUCCCUCCAACGUGUAACACAAGACCCUGA